AUCCACCUGAUAUACUCCAUAAUUUCCCCUUAAACCCUGGGUUGGCGGUGGGCGUUUUCUUAAUACCGCUCAACGGCUCAACCCCUGUCCAUGAUUCCCCGUCUAUAAAUUAGCAACCAAACAUUCAAGCAAGCCAAGGAAAGAAAAUUUUUAUUAACAACUCACGCCUCCGGGAAAUGGAUACUCUUUGUUUAAAAACAGGAAUCCACGGUAUCGCUCCGUCGAUCUCCGUCAGUGGGGCUUUGGAAGCCCGUUCCAACGCAUCGCAGGUGAGUGCGGUGGCUCGGGAGAAAUCCACUACUGUCGCUGCCGCGCCGCCUCAGAAAGCCGCAUCCAUGUUCUCUUUUAGAUACCCUUUGCAGUCUUUGUGGCCUGGUGGAGGUCAAAGUAAUAGGUAUAAAGGGGUGGCUGUUGACGACGCCGUCUUGGUUGAUCAUGUAGAGACGAGAAAUGGUACUGGGGAAGAUGCCCAGGACAGAACAAUGGGCUCGUCCGAAGGACGAAAGGGGAACUGGGUGUUAAAGAUUUUGCAUGUGAGGUCCCUCUGGAAGGAGGAAGAGGAACAGAGGAGCAGGAGCGGUGAAGGACCAAUUGAAGGUGCGUCCAAUGAUGCCGUUGAUAACGAGGAAGAGGAAGAGUGUGAUGUGUGUAGAGUUGAGGAUGAUGACGAUAAAGAAAUUGAAUUUGAUACGGAUUCGUUUUCGAGAUUGUUACGGAAGGUGUCAUUAGCCGAAGCCAAGCUUUACUCGCAAAUGGCGUAUCUAGGAAGCUUGGCCUAUACCAUACCCAAAAUCAAGGCAGGAAAUCUCUUAAAAUAUCGUGGCCUCCAGUUUGUAACUUCAUCGAUUGAGAAAAGCGAAUUGGUAAUGAAAGCAGAGAAAGUUCAGGUGCCAGCUGAAGGUCAAGAGGCAGAGAAAGGGCUUUUAGAGAAGGAUGCAGAGGGUACAGAACAGAAGAAUAAUGGUCAUCGCAUAAGUGCCUCUACUGCUUAUCAGAUAGCUGCAUCUGCUGCUUCUUAUCUUCACUCUCAUACCAAAAGCAUACUUCCAUUCAAAUCCUCAAAGGCAAAGGCUGGUAAAAAUUGUCCUGAAGGAGACUCUGGAGGCAAUGAGAAUCUCAAUAUGUUGAACUCAGAGGUGGCUUCUCUCAUGGCAACCACUGACUCAGUGACAGCUGUGGUUGCUGCAAAAGAAGAAAUAAAGCAGGCUGUUGCUGAUGAUUUGAGUUCAACACGCUCUUCACCAUGUGAAUGGUUCAUAUGUGAUAAUGAUCAGGGUACAAGAUUCUUUGUGAUUCAGGGAUCUGAGUCGCUGGCAUCUUGGCAAGCAAAUCUACUUUUUGAGCCUGUUCAGUUUGAGGGACUGGAUGUACUUGUGCAUAGAGGCAUUUAUGAGGCUGCAAAAGGUAUAUAUGAACAGAUGUUGCCUGAAGUCCAUGCUCAUCUAAUGUCUUGUGGCAGACAGGCAACCCUUCGUUUCACAGGGCAUUCUCUUGGUGGGAGCUUGGCACUACUUGUAAAUCUCAUGUUGUUGAUAAGAGGGGAAGUGCCAGCCUUGUCCUUACUUCCAGUGAUAACAUUUGGUGCACCUUCAAUCAUGUGUGGUGGUGACUAUCUACUUCGCAAGCUUGGGCUGCCACAAAGUCAUGUUCAGGCAAUUACAUUGCAUAGAGAUAUCGUGCCCCGAGCCUUUUCUUGUAAUUAUCCUAAUCAUGUUGCAGAGCUUCUGAAGGCUGUUAAUGGGAAAUUCAGGAAUCAUCCUUGUCUUAAUAAACAGAAGCUACUAUAUGCUCCAAUGGGGGAGCUUUUAAUUCUACAGCCAGAUGAGAAAUUCUCACCUCACCAUUAUCUCCUUCCCUCAGGCAGUGGUCUAUAUUUCUUAACUUGCCCAUCAUCUGACACUAGUGAUGCAGAGAAGCUGCUGCGGGCUGCACAGACAGUUUUCUUAAACUCACCCCAUCCACUUGAGAUUCUAAGUGAUCGCUCAGCAUAUGGUUCUGAAGGAACCAUUCAAAGGGAUCACGACAUGAAUUCUUACUUGAAAUCUGUGCGCAGUGUAAUUCGGCAAGAGCUAAACCACAUAAGAAAACGUAGGAGAGAGCAUCGCCGCAAGUUCUGGUGGUCCCUUCUGGCACCACGUGGAAUCGGUGGUGGUGUCAUUGUGGAGAAGCCUGUGGUGUCUAUCAACAUAGGCGAACACCAUUUCAAUUUCUCUGGUGUCCUGCAGACUGGACGAGAAUCCUUGAAACGGUUCAGCAGGCUUGUUGCAUCACAACAUAUGCAUUUGCUUGUGGUUCUGUUGUUUCCUGCAAGACUGCUAUUUCUGGGAGCAUGUAGAGUGAUAAAUUUCCAUUGACCAGCCUAUUAAUUUGAGUGUAUUGCAUUUGUGACAUGGAAUAUUGUAUAGGUUACAGGCACAUGGCCAGCAAGAUCAUUUAUUCAUUAGGUGAUUCUUUGUUCAUUGCUUUAGAAUAAAAAAAAAAAGGGGGAAAAAGAAGAUUCAAAUUCUCUGUAGUCCUUGGGAUUUAGAAUAUUGUUAUGUAGAAAGAAACUAGAAGCCAAUAUUUUGGUCUAUCAAGGUGUAAAAUUCUGACAGUAAUAUUUUUACAAGUGUUGGUGAUUGAUUGUAACA